AUGAGCAAAGCAAUUGUUGUGGAUGAGGAGAACGAUUUUUCGGAGUGGAUGGAGAGGUGUGAAACGGACUUGUCAACAAAACUGUCGGAAGUACACAACGUGAUACAAGAUCUUUCAUCCUCUCAUAAGUCUUCUAAAAAGAGUAAUUUCUGCACGAUUCAUAAGAAUUGUCUUAUUUUACGACCAAUUUCGAUUGACGGAAAAGAAUUUAAUGACGCUUGUGCACAAGAAACGAAUCUCAAGGAGCAAGCAGACGUAUUUGACGAAGACACUAACUAUCAAUCAGUACUUGAACAAAAACUUGACAAAUUUAUAUCUCUGUGGCAAGAACUUAUUCACCUCUUCAACAAACAGCCAUUGAAUUUUUUAAAAACUCACGGAAUUACAUCAACGUUGCUUAAAGAACAAACAUUUGGCCUCCUCACUACGAUACAUGGCCAUAUAAUGGACUAUUCCCAGAAAAUUCAUCGAACCUAUCAAUCCCUUCCGUUUGCUGUAAAUUUGAUUCCGUAUUAUUUAACCUGGAUUGAAUUGUCAUCGGAUUUUAGACCUCAAUUUGAAAAUCAAUUUAAAGAAUUUCUACAGGUGUGGAGAUCAAGAUACAAAGAAAUAUUGAACCACUUACAAAACACUCCUACUGAAAUGUAUUUAUUUGAGCAUUAUUAUAGCACAUCUGUAAUUGACCAUCUGAAACAGUCCAAGGUAGGCUACGACCGAGACAUUUUAUCCAAACUUGAAUCAUGUUUAAAUUUGAAUUUUCAAACCCUAAAACAACUGUCAGCUGAGAAAUUAAAAUAA